AUGGGAACUUAUUUUCUGAGGAAACAGCCUGUCAGGCUGGUGGGAGGAGAGAGUCGCUGUGAGGGAGACCUGGAGGUGAGAGGUGAGGGAGAAUGGAGACCAGUGGGUGCUCUUAGAGAGGACCUGGACCUGAAGACAGCAGCAGUCGCCUGCAGAGAUCUCGACUGUGGCUCUGCUGUUUCUGUAGGACGGAGAGAGGAGUCCUCAGGGAGAGAUGUGUGGGUGAUCAAACCUUCCCGUCUUCAUUCUGGAUCUGCUCUGAGGGACUGUGCGAUAUCAAUUCCCUCUCCUUACCUCCUGAAUCUCACCUGCUCAGACCUGCUGCUUCAGCCCAACAUCUCUGUGUCCUCCUCCAUGUACGGGGUCUCCGGGUCCCAGCAGCAGGGGUUCCAGGUGCUCAGAGGCUCCACCUUCAGCAUCAGCUGCUCCAUCCAGCCUCAGUACCCAGGAGGCUCCUUCCUGCUCAGCUCCUCCACUCACAACUACACCCAGCCAGCUGUCAAUCACAGCGCCCACUUCCUGUUCCCGGCUGCAGAGCCCGCCCACCAGGGAAACUACAGCUGUGUUUAUCACCUGUUGGUUCGCUCUCAUAACUUCUCCUCUGAGAGCCGUCUGCUGUCUGUCACUGUCUCAGAUCCCCCACCUCUGAUCCUCCGAGCCGUCGUCCUGCUGAUGGUUCUGCUGCUGACUCUGCUGCUGGCCAGCGGCCUUUACUUCGUCUGCAAGGCCACCAGGGGGCAGCCUGACAGACAGGAGGACAUGGAGCUGCAGGAAGUGAACCUGGCUGUCAUGCCUCUGCAGGCCACCAGGGGGCAGCCUGACAGACAGGAGGACAUGGAGCUGCAGGAAGUGAACCUGGCUGUCAUGCCUCUGCAGGCCACCAGGGGGCAGCCUGACAGACAGGAGGACAUGGAGCUGCAGGAAGUGAACCUGGCUGUUCCUGCAGAGGAAGAGUAG